AGACGGCUCGGCCUGAGCGCCACGCGGGGAAACGGUGCCCGUGCGGCAAACCAUAAAUAACCAGCGAUUUGGGGACUCUCCAGAAAUCUCAGGUUGAUUGCUGAGACAUGAAGAUUUGGGCAUCGCCUAUGAGACUGCAAAACAUUUUCCACGUGCUGAACUUGAGCAUCAAAUGCUGCCCUAAACCUGGCCAUCUUCCAGCGAUACCUCCCCACAGCCUAACACAGCCCCGGAGGUGCCUUAUCCUAGAGGAGGCUGGAAGCACAUGGAGCAGCGCGCUGCCACCAGGAAGCCUUCUGCACAGGAGAGGCUUCUCCUGCGAGGAAGUGAUGAAGGUUUCUCACAAAGGAAACAAAACCCCAUCUGUAAUCACAUCAGAGCUUUUGUACACGGACCUUCUGAGAGCUGAGCAAGAAAACUGGAACAAAAACUCGGCAAGAUACAAAUCUAGGAUAAAAAGAAUCAAGCGAAAAUUAGAGGAACUGCAUGACAAAUACACACUCAAUUUAAGCAGCCCAAUGAUUAGGUUUGGAGAGAAUGUGUACUUUGAAGACAAUGGAUGCAUAUUUCUUUCAAAAGCAGGUGAUGCAGAUAAAGCAAGUGUUUUAUUCAGUACUGAAGAUCUUGGCUUUUCUGAUGCCCAUAUCCAACGGAUCAGAAUUUCACCAGAUCAGAGGUAUAUGGCUGUCAGCCUAAAAAGUGAAAAUUCUGAAGAGGCAACCUGUGUUGUUGUGAAGCUUGAUCGUUUUCCUGUUCUGGAGAAAGUCAUUCCAAAUUCCUUUAGUUUUGAAUGGGCUACAAGUGAUGUUCUGUUUUACACAAUUCAGAAGAAUCUGAAAUGCCAGGAAGUGUUUAUGACUUCUUUCACUGAUGAGAAACAUACUAAAUUAGUUUACUCAGAACAAGAUGCAAGAUUUUUUGUAGACAUAUAUUGCACGAAGGACAGACGUUUUCUUACCAUCAACAGCAACAGCAAGACAACCUCAGAAGUGUGGCUGGUUGACUGUAGUCAUCCUUUUAAGUCACCUGUUCUUGUGCAAGCACGAACAAAAGGGGUCAUUUAUCACGUGGAGCACAGAAAUGAUGAGUUAUAUAUUCUUACUACAUAUGGAGAGCCUGCAGAGUAUAAGCUGAUGAAGGCACCAGUAGCUUCCAGUGGCAUGGAGAACUGGCAGUUAUUUUAUGCAUUGGAGGAAAAGACCAAGCUAAUAGACUUGGAGAUGUUCAGUAAUCACUGCGUUAUGUUCUUGCAGCGCAACAGACACCUCUGUUUAGAUGUGAUUUCUUUUCUUUCUCAUUCAGUUCAGUCAAUUAAGCUGCCUACGUGGGCCUGUGCCUUUGAAUUGGAGUCUCAUCCUGAACACAGCACCAGCACUUGCUAUUUUCAGCUCACCUCCCCAGUACAGCCCCCCAAGCGCUUUGCCUAUUCAUUUAAAGCAAAUAAUCUCAUUGAGCAGGCUGAGCAAGAGGUACCAAUUAUUAAGAAUUGUCACACUACACGUUUACUUGCUAAAAGCAAGGAUGAAACUUCGGUGCCAAUUACAGUUUUUCAUAAUACAAAGUCUAAAGAACUGCACAGGAAACCACUUCUAGUUCAUGUAUAUGGAGCUUAUGGCAUAGAUUUGAACAUGAGCUUUAAAGAAGAGAAGCUGAUGUUAAUUGAAGAGGGUUGGAUAUUAGCAUAUUGCCAUGUUAGGGGUGGGGGAGAGCUCGGCCUUAGCUGGCACAAGGAUGGCUGUCAGCACAAAAAGCUCAAAGGCCUCCACGACCUCCAGGCUUGCAUAACRUUGCUGCACGAACUGGGAUUUUCUCAGCCAAAGUCGACAGCAGUAGCAGCCGCCAGUGCUGGGGGAGUCCUUGCAGGAGCUCUGUGCAACACAGAUCCAGAACUCAUCAGAGCCGUGGUCUUGCAGGCUCCUUUCCUAGAUGUUCUAAAUACUAUGUUGAAAACUCAUCUCCCACUGACAAUCGAAGAACAGGAAGAAUGGGGAAAUCCAUUAGCAGAUGAAAAUACUAUGRAGUAUAUMAAAAACUAUUGUCCUUACCAGAAUAUUAAGCCACAGCCUUAUCCUUCAGUUUUUAUCACAGCUUAUGAAAAUGAUCAACGAGUACCACUAACAGGAAUUUUAAGAUAUGUUCAAAAACUUAGGAAGGCUGCAAGAGAUUAUGCCAGCAGAACAGAAAGGAAAGGAAACUGGACCCCUAACAUCAUCUUAGACGUCCAGGCAAGGGGCAGUCACUGCGACGCCUCGUGGGAGGAUUCCCUAAAGCAGGUUGCAAGACACAUUGCUUUUCUGAGCAAAGAACUUGAUAACGAAUAAGGUGCUCUCUGCAGCRAGGCAUUACAUCAAAUCCUGCACCUGGCCGACAGACACAUCAACCACCUGGAAAAAUUUCACAUCGGAUUUGUAUUUAUAUGGAGAGCAGAAAUCCCUUUAAAUCCCUUUUUUCCUUCUUGGGUCCCUGUUUUCUGGACACAAGCAGACCAGAAAUUUGUGUGUGGCUUCUAAAUAUACAAAAUGAGCAUUAACUUUCUUCUGGCAGUCAGCACAGAAGCAGCCUCCCGCGUUACCCAGGUAGGUCAGGACAGCUCUGCG